ACUAUUUCCCUCUAACUGUCUCCAGAGGCAAUCCAGACACGCUGUAACAUGAUGAAGAUACUGAUCAUUUUGGCAUCACUACUCCUUUGCCAGGCUGUGGUACUACCUUUAACACAGACUGGUCGUGUUGUAAACUGUGAUGAUCCAGAAGUGCAUGAAGGAGCUAAUUUAGCCGUUAAACACAUUAAUAGUCAGCACAGAACUGGAUAUAAGUUUGCCUUAGAUCGGGUUGAAAAUGUCCACGUGCGGUCUUCGGCACUUGGAGAAUUUUUUUACCUAGAGUUAGAUCUCUUGGAGACUGUAUGUCCAUCUCUGAGUCCAGAACCACUAAUGAAUUGUUCUGUGAGGCCGAUAACUGAACAGGCAGUGGAAGCGGACUGUGAUGUCAAACUUCAGAAGCAAAAUGGCACCUUUACAGUCCUUAGAACCAAGUGCAAAUCUGAAUUAGAUUCAGCAGAAAACUUACUCAGACCAUGUCCUGGCUGCCUGUUGGCACCUCUUAAUGAUACCCAGGUUGUGCAUGCAGUUGAUGUGUCCCUUAAGAAAUUUAAUGGUGGGAACAACACAGUAUUUUACCUUCUCCAUGAGAUUGGCCGAGGAAGAAUUCAGUCUGGUAUCAGUAAUUCAGUACAUGUUGAGUAUAUUAUCACAGCAAGUAACUGUACUAUAGAUGAUGUCAAUGCUGGAGUUGACCCUUGUGUGAAGGAAACCGGAGUCAAUGCUCAUAUCGGAGUUUGCACUGGUUCAGUUGUGAAACACCAGGGAGCAGUGGAUGAAGAGGUUACUGUAACAUGUACAAUCUAUGAACCUCAGGUGAUAGAAGUUGCUGCACCUCCGCCACCUCUGGCACUACCACAGACACAACGUGUUCAUUCACAUUUCCACCAUAGCCUUCACCUGGACCCUCAGUCAUCUGAAUCCAACUCUGCUGAACAAGCUCAUCACGCUGUGAGAAGGUCACUUACAAAGGAACCUUGGCCACAUCUUCCCUUGUGUCCUGGCAGGAAACUACACCACUAAAAUGCAGAAAACUAAAAGGCUUAUUGUAGAGAGCUAGAACCAGCCCUGUACCUCACAUGGUUUCAGAGAUCUCCACAAUUAUUUAUGCAAUUGGUCUGCUAAUUUAUUUCUGACUGGCAGCUCAGUCGACAUGUCCUUUCCCAGAGAUGUGUCAUUUCUGCUCCAGCUCUCUCCCUACAGUUGUCACAUCUUCCUACAGUAGAUACCGCUGGUGGCACUGGUGGUAAAAGGA